ACGAAGAACGUACACCGGUGAGCGCGUGUCUAUAUCUGGCUGUCGGUGAAGGCUCUGAAAUGAACCACGAGUCCCUUCUUCGGACACAGACACCGGGGAGAUACUCAGAGGACAGUCCCGGGACGCCUGUCACGGCUCUGUGUCCGUGGAAAGGGUAGCCAAUUAUUACCGACCCCCGGAUAUGAAAUAGCCUACCUGACGGCGCGUGGUGCGGCUCUUCUGUCCGUGACAGCCGAUGGUGCAGAGGCGCUGUUGGGAAAUGCUAAACAGCGGCUUGAUGACAGCGCGAGGACGACAUACAGAUAAAGACUACAUCUGAUUGAUGAUGUAUUAACAUGACUUUGCUGGGAGUCUGUGGGAGUGUGCGCCAUAUUCCCGAUGCACCUGCACCUCCAGCAAAUGAAUGUUGAUCCUCGGCUGAUGGAUCGGCUGUCUUUUAAUAAUGCUUAAUAAUUAUCUAUUAAUCUAUUUUUACCUCGUGGGUAAAGAACCACACCUGCAACCGUUCUCUACAAGUAUGGGCUUCUCCUUGUGAUCUAUUUAUUUUGAAGCCAUUUAGUUUAAUGCCACUGAUGUCAUGAAGCUGUCCACUAUUGCAGAUGAAAAAGGCCUUUAUGUGCUCUGAAGGCAUGUGUUUACUCUGAUGCAGCUUGCAGCUUUGUGUUUACAUGGGCUCAAGUUCACCAUCAAUGAUUCAGGUGUCCUCGUGUUAGAGUAAAUAGAAUAUUCUGCCACUCCUUCAUAAUUGCAAACCUGUGGAAUGCUUGAUCUCAAGAUGAAGGAGACGUGUCGUAUCUGUGGACGGGAGCUCUGUGGUAACCAGCGCCGAUGGAUCUUCCACCCCACCGCCAAGCUCAACCUGCAGGUGCUGCUGUCUCACGCUCUCGGGCGAGAGCUGGCCCGGGAUGGCAGAGGAGAGUUUGCCUGCUCCAAGUGCACCUUCAUGCUGGACCGCAUGUACCGCUUCGACACAGUGAUCGCCCGUGUGGAGGCCCUGUCCAUCGAAAGGUUGCAGCGGCUCCUGCAGGAGAAACAUCGGCUGAGGCAGUGCAUCGGUGGGCUCUACCGGAAGACUAAUUCAGAGGAGGGUGCUGUAACAUUAACUGAAGGUGAUGAAAGACCAGGAGAUGGGAUGGUGGACAUUUCAGGUCUCACUCAUGCAAAGUACUGUGCCCUCCUUCAAGACGACCUGGUCUACUCUUUGUAUGAAUCCUGGGCCGACGACAGCCUGUACUGUCACCACCAGGGUCCAGGGUCAGAGGUUACAGUUGCAGGCUCACAUCGUUGUGUUCCCAGCACUCCCAGGAGGUGUCGGGGUUGUUCGUACUGGCGGGUGGCGGAUUCUGACUAUGAAGCUGUCUGUAAGGUGCCCAGGAAACUGGCACGGAGUAUUUCCUGUGGUCCAUCAACAAGAUAUUCAGCCAGUGGUAUUGCAGGGAGUGUGACUGGAGGAGUAGGAGUUGGUGGAGAAGGAGCAGGAGAAAGACAAAAUGUGGAGGACACAGAAGAAGCCCCCUCCUCUCUAACUCUGGUCCCUGGUUCUCAGGAGCCCUCGAAGACAUCAGACAGCGAUCGCACCCUGGCUGGACGAGCUAGCUCCAGCCCCUCUAUAGCGUCCUUAGAGACAACCGAGGACUAUAUUCAGCCUGGAGCCAUAACAGAUGGGCCACUGAGCUCCCCCAGGGAACCAAUAGAUGACCGGAUAUCUGACUCCCUCUCUGAGGAGCACAUGGGAGCCCCACAUGGCCAAGCCUCACCUAGACCCAGCCUCUCUCUGUCCCUCUGUUUGCUGCAGAGCUAUACUGUCUACCGGCCAGUCCAAAGCGCUAAGGGGAGCAAGCUGCCAGUGCUGCUCCGACGGAGCUCCAGUAAUGGAGGUACGAGGCAGGGUUUCCCUUAUCCUGUUCUGGGAAUGUCUUUUGGAACUCCAGAUGGAGAAAGAGACAACCACAUGCCAACACCUGAGCUGGAGACCCCUCUGAUCAGGCUGGAUGCCAGGGUUGAUCAGGAUCUGAACCUGGCUGCCAUGGAAGAUUUAAUGGAAGAUUUGUACAAAGAGUAUCCUCCGCCACCUCCCCACCAGAGCCUUGUUGAGGAACAGCAGAGUCAACUGAACCAGUAUGAGUGUGCGGCUGGUCAGUGUGUCAACGAGCUGCAGAAGGCCCAGCUCCAGGUCCAGUCCCUGCAGGCCAAGAUCCACGAGAGUGAAGCCAACAAUAUGAAGCUGCAGGAGAAGCUGAAUGAGAUGGGGUGUGAGCUGCGUUCAAUCCGUCAGGCUGCUCAGAGUCAGGAAAGAACCAUUCAGGGUCUCACAGAGACCAUCACCACCAAAGACAGUGAGGCCCAGGAGCUGUACCAGCUGAUUGAAGGGCAGAACACCACACUGUGUAAGCUGAGAGAAAUAGCCCACCGCAACCAGCUUGAUCAACGCAAGGCUCCAGAGGGGGUCAGUGAGUCCGUGACACUCGCCCAGCUGCAGGGCGAGCUGGUGGGUGUGCAGAGCUCCCUGUUCUCCCUUGGUCUGGAGCUUGAGGCCAGCCAGAGGAGUCUGAGACAGAGCCAGAGGCAAGGAGAUGACCUGGUGAGAUUCAAGGACAGACUCAACUCUGAUCUACAGGAGGUACUGCAGCACAGGGAGGUUACUGAAAAACACAACCAGGACCUGCGGUGUGCCCUUAAGAAAACUCGCUCUGAGCUUCAGACCAAAGAAGCUGCUCUGAAGGAGAGUGAAGCAGAGAGACACAAUGUGGUGCAGGAAAAAGACAGAACCAUUGCACAGCUCCAGUGUUCUCUGCAGGACAAAGAGCGACAGUUACAGGAGUACUCGGAGAUGUUGGAGUCAGCAGGAAGCUCCAAACCUAGAGAUGCCCUGCUGGAGAAACUAAAAGAGCGUAUCAAAGAUAGAGACAGAGCUCUGGAGCGCUCCAUCGAUGACAAGUUCCGCUGUGUGGAGGAGCGCGAAGACCAGGUGAGGAGGCUGCAGCUGGCAGUCAGGGAGAAGGAACGAGACCUGGAGAGACUCCGCUGCAUCCUGUCGAACAACGAGGAGACCAUCACGAGUCUGGACGCCUUGGUGCGUGGUAAAGAGCUGGAGCUAGAGCAGGCGGCAGAGGCCUACAGGAACCUCCAGUGGCUGAAGCAGCAGAACGAAGAGAAGGAGAGAAACACGCUAAGAGAGAGAGACACCAUCAUCAGCCAGCUUCAGGCAGCUCUACAGGCACGUAGCCAGGAAACGCAGGAUCUGACAGCUGCCCUCGUUGCCAGAGUUCAGGCUGGUCCCACCGAGGUUGUAGAGGAGUUGAAGGCUCGGCUCGUGCUGAAAGAAAGGCUCUUCCAGGAAUUGCUGUCAGACCGCAGCCGCCAGUCUAAUGAACACCAAGCACAGGUCCAGGACAUGCUGAACACUCUCAGCUCCAAAGACCAGUAUCUGCAGGACUACUCUUACAGGCUCUCCCUUGUGAUCAGUGAGCAGACCAGCCAGCUGCAGGAGCUGCGCAGACAGCUGUCAUUAAGAGAGCAGGAGCUGUGCGAGCUGAAACGGGACAAGGAGAGAGAGAUGGGAGGAGAGACGGAGCGUCUGCGGAGUCUGCUCACGGAGAAAGAGGACUUUAUCAAGGAACUGAUGCAGGCGCAGGAGGAGGAGGCAAUGCAGCCAUCCUCUAAAGACAGUGAAGCAGAGAUGAGGGCUCUCCAUGAGGAGUUGCAGCUGGUACUGAAGAAAGAGAGAGAGGCUCAGAAGGAGCUCUCUGCUCUACGCUUAUCUUUGGCUCACCAGCAGACCACGCAAGUGGACACUAAGGACAGUGCUGAUCAUAAAUGUGUACUGGAGCACCUUGUGUCAGAGUAUAACAAGCUGAACGAUGCCCUGAGAGUGGAGAAGAGAUUAUACCAAAAUCUCAAGCACGUUCACACCAAGAGUGACAGCUCAGAGAAGAUCCAGGCCCUUCACACUGAGCUAGACUCGGUUCAGGCACUCCGCAGACAGCUGGAGGAGGUCCUGGGCAGGACCCGUAACAUGGCCCUGGUGCUGGAAAGGGCAGCUAAAAGGCAGCCUGUCUUUGGAGAGCUCAGCACAGAGGAGGAGGAGGAGGGAGACGAUGAAGAUGGCAGCAGUGACGAGUUCACGGACAGCAUAGAGGAGGAGGAUGAUAAAGUGACGGCCAGAAGUUUGGCCUCCAUUCAGACUUCUGUGAAGGCUUGUGGACCUGAAAGUGUGACCAGAGCGCUGGUUAGGGGGUUAGUGACCCAGAGAGAUGAUGUAAAGCAGCUUGAGGAAGCAAAGAAGACACUUGAAGGCCAGCUUGAAGAAAUAAGGUUACACCUGGAGAGGGAUGGAUUCACCUCCGUGGCUCACAUGAGGACUGCACUGCAGAGGUUGCAGCAGGAGAACCAGGCCCUGAAAGAAAGCCAAGGUUGCGCUGGAGCUGUGGGACUGAGGACAAACGCAGAGAAGAAUCGCAGGGGUCUGCACCAGGAAGAGGAAAAGGAGGAGAAAGAGGAAGAAGAAGAAGAGGAGGAAGAAGAUAUUGAGGAAGAAGAUGAAGUGGCGGAAACAUCUCCAGUGCCAGUGGGGAAGCGGUGUCUUUCAAGUGUUAGUCUGAGUGACGAGCGAGGGAAGAGGCAGUGCACGAGGCCACGCUCUCUGACGCUGCAUCAACACAUACACCAGCCUGAGACGGAGGUGAAGCCUGCUGGGGACAGCAGUGAGGUGGGACCUCUCUGGCAGGAUACAGAGGACCGUCUGCGCUCCGAUCUGGCUCUGAGCCACCAGGAGAACAGAGAGCUGCAGGAAAGGCUGAUGGUGUCUGAGGCCACAGUCCACGCUCAGGCUGAACAACUGAAGGACUACAGAGACCUGCUCACGGAGACAUCGGUCCAGCAGGCCAGUAAGCAGGUGCAGGUGGAUCUCCAGGAUCUGGGUUAUGAGACUUGUGGUCGCAGUGAGAACGAAGCUGAGAGAGAAGACGCCAGCAGCCCAGAGUUUGAUGACCUGGAGAUGUGCACGUCACUGUCCCAUCAACAGGACUAUGAGGGUGUGGGUGGGAGCUGGUACCCUGGUAACUGCAGCAGUAACAAAGGUAGUUAUGAAAUGGAGGAUGAGUCAUCUUCUCUCCAGCAUCUGGUCCAGGACCUCCGCUCACAGCUUACCCGCUGCCACAAGGUGAUCCGUGGGCUGCAGCUGCGUGUCCGCUCCCUGUCUACCACCAGCGACUACGCCUCCAGCCUGGAGCGUACCCCACGCAAGGUAAACUGGGCCUUCGAGACAUCACCAGCCCCCAGCGGUGUGGAAGAGGAUGAAGGCUGGAUGUCUGACACCCAAGGGGUUCGCUCAGGGUCCAAGCCCAGCAGGGAACUGCAAGAACUGAUGGCACGAGUUGCAUCACUGGAGGCGCAACUGAAGAGCUCCAGACUGGACGGCAAAGGUCAAACAGAAGAAGAGAAAUGUGCCACGUGGCCCGGGAAGUACAACUCUCUGAUCCAGACACAGGCUCGUGAGCUGUCCCACCUGAGGCAGAGAAUGAGAGAGGGGCAAGGAGUCUGCCAUAUCCUCACCCAGCACCUGGGCGAUACCACCAAGGCCUUUGAGGAGCUGCUGCGGGCCAACGAUAUCGAUUACUACAUGGGCCAGAGCUUUAGAGAGCAGUUGGCACAGAACACCGCCCUGGCACAAAGAGUAGUCACCAAGAUCAGUGGACGCGACCGUUCAGAGAGCCACAAUGACAAGACAGGCCAUGAGUUGCUUGCGCUGCGGCUGAGUAAGGAGCUACAGCAGAAAGAUAAAAUUAUUGAGUCCCUCCACACCAAACUGCAACAGCGUCCAGAGACCCCGUCCAGCUGCCAUGCUCUCUCUGAGACCACUGACCAAUCAGACAGAACCUCCUUGGUGUCCGAUGAGUACAGAACCAAUGAAGACUUGGAGCUGUGCUCCGAUUUAGAUACCAGAGAAUAUCAGGAGGAGCACCGGCUGCGGCAGCCCGGACAUGGAUCAGGACAAGAUGUCUGUCCAUCUAUCCCUCCUCCUCAUGGCCUCCUCAAGUCCUCCAGCAGCUGUCCCAACAUGCUUUGCUCAGCCCCUGUGGGUAUGACCAGCCAGUCCUUCAGAGCCCUUUUCAGUGAGCCUGUCUCCUACUCCCUCUCUGUCCCCUCUGGCCCUGAUGUCUGGGGUAAGGAAGUCACUUCUGACCCCCGGCCCAGGGCCCUGUCUGUGAUCGCUAUUCGCCCAGAGCUGGACACGCUGUACAAACAGAUGAAUGAGCAGAACAGGGGCUUUGCAGUACCCCAUGACAAGGCUCUGUUCACUCUCUCACCUGGUGCCCACAACCAGCACGACCCAUCCAGCUACAGCCAGCUUUCCCAUCAUGCCUUUCAACAGUAUCAGCUAGGUGGCAUUCCUGAAGGCCUCUCACUGAAGUCAGACUCCGGUCUAGUUACGGGAGGGACUUUGUGGGACAUGGAGAGCAUGGUUCAGCCGGUCGGAAGCUAUUCUGGAUCACUGGGACAACAGCAAGGAAGCAGCCAUGGAGGAGUAAAUUUGAUAGAGGAGCACCUGCAGGAGGUGAGGUUUCUCCGUCAGCGUCUCGAGGAGUCCAUUAGGACCAACGAGAGGCUCCGACAGCAGCUGGAAGAGAGACUGGCCAAGAGUGGGCGGGAUGGAGGGGCGCCAACAAACAUCUUCAUUCAAGGACUGGACACAGUCACUCAACUGUCCAAUGAGAUCAGAGCCCUGAAAGAAGAGAACUUGGGUCUGCAGUCACGCCUGCAAGCCAGCACAAACACAUGUGAGGAGGUGGUGCAGUUGCGGGAGGCGGUGUUUACGGCUCGCGCCCGUCUGAAACAAGCAGAGCUGGAGGCUGAGCAGUGGAAGGAGGAGCUGAGACGUCUUCAGGCUCACAGCCAGGAACAGGAACAGCAGAUACAUGUAUUAAGGCAGGAGCGACUGGCCAGUCAGGAGAAAACCAACAGGCUCCAGCAUGAGGUGUCUCUACUGCAGCAGCAGCUGUGUGAGAGCAGAGAGCUCAGCCACUCCCUGCAGAGUGAACUACAAGUGUAUGAUCGAGUGUGUUCCAGCACAAAAUCUAACAAAGGUCUCCUGUGUGAGCUCCCAGGUCUACCAGUAGAACUGGGGGAGCUACUCGGGGAGGUGAGGAGUCUGCGAGCCCAGCUGCAAAACAGUGUCCAGGAGAACAGUGCCCUCAAACAACUGGAGCUCCACAAGCAGCUGGAGCAGAAGCUGGGCGUCGGCUCUCCUCGGACACCAUCCCUCUCCGCCCUGACUGCCAGCCCUCAGAGGGAAAACUUCUACAGACGGCAGCUGCUGCAUGACCCAGCUCCAUCCCCGCCAGUCAGGGACAUUGGUCUCUUUAACUGUGGAUCUCCCGGUCCUCCCUACUCAGACAUGGACGACAGCCAUAGUACUGCCAAUGCUGACCCUCUUGACCCUCACUCUGAGUUGGAGGGGGAGGCCCCUGACGGAUCAUUUGCAAACCGUAACGGCCGUCACGCCAUCGGUCACGUGGAUGACUUCAGUGCUCUUCAGCAGCAAGUCCUAGAGGGCCGUAGCCUCGUCCAGCGCAUGGAGGCAACCCUGCAGGCCUGCCUCAGCCCACCACUGCUGGAGGGCAACCAGAAACAGAGCAGUGAGCUGGUCCUGGACUAUGGAUGUGUGAAGAGUCUGCUGUCCAACACCAAGACUCUGAGGCAGAUCCUAGAGGAGGCGAUGUCUCUGCUGAAGAUGUUCUGGAGAGCAGCUCUGCCCAGCAGUGAUCCAUCCAUCCAAAACCUUAAGAAGGAGCAAUGUAUGCAGGAGGAGAUCUUAUCCCUGAAACUGCGUAUAUCAGAGCAGGAAGAGGUUCUUAAGGGGACCAUUCAAAGACUGAGGAGCACCAGCCGCACCAAGGAGAGCAUGGAGCACUUCAUAGUCAACCAGUUGUCAAGGACUCGUGAUGUGCUGAAGAAAGCAAGGACAAAUUUAGAGAAGAAUGAGCUGAGACUUUCCUCUCUAAGCUCCUCCUCUUCCUCUCCUUAUGCUGCUGAGGACCCAGGAGGUGCUGCCAGAGAGCAGCCUGCUGAUCGCAGUUUCCUGAAGACCAGCGGUGUUUCCGGAGCUGCAGCCAAUCAACGUCCAGCAGCGCGGAAGCGCAGCAGCCAAUGCCUACUUUAGACUUAAAGAACCAGCCUCAACACCACCACCUCUGACCUCUAUGCUGAAACAGCCAAGACCCGCCACCCCCACCUUCUAUCUAGCCUUCCACACCAGCCUUUCCUAUCCCACCCAACCUCCGCCUUUACCUCCGUCCAGCCACGAGAGUGCUUCCAUCUUUCCCUCCUCCUGGCAAUAUGUGCACAGUAUAAUCUGCACCUUGAGCCUUACCAACCUCCCCUCACCCCCUCGCCAAAUUUCCUGUCACUCUUUACGCCCUCCCACCACAUGCAUUAUUGUCUUUGAGUGAUGCAGUUAGCAGUUUGCCUUGUCGUGUGUGUGACAGUAGAUGGUGUUUGAAAUGUGCCUCUGGUGGUUUCAGUGACGUGUGUCCUACUGAUGGAGCUGGUUGAAGAUGCUCCUAUACAGUGAUCUCACACCAGGUGUAUGUUUUCAUGAAGGCACUUUGGUUUCAGGGGUUGUGUUACAGAACCUUUCAGAAUUACUGUACCUGAUUUAGAAAUUUGGAAAAAGAAUCUACAAUGGAGAAUUUUGUAAUUUUGAAAAAUCAAGCUUAAACUGAAAAAAAUGGGAAAAUUCUAUAAUACAGAACCCCAGAUCUGUAUUUAAGAGCAUCCUCUCUUAAGAGCCAGACAGCCUGUGGACGGAAUAGAUGAUCAUGCAUGUUUAAUCGUGGCUUGUGAGAGGAAUUUUGCACACACGUACACAUACGUAUAACUACAUAUGUGGUCGAAAACUGCUCACUCAAAGACAAUACAUCCUCAACUUUGACUGCCACAGAAAUGCAAGUUUACUUCUCGUGGCACUUUUAUUAACGAGGACAUCUUUUUGCAAAUGCAAUGCAAAGAACAGUGACACCCAUAAUGUAUCACUACACACAGUGGAGGAAUGUAGAGGAGAUAGGUAGUCACAUACUAGCUAUAUCUGUGUUUGUGGAGGAAGCUUAUGAAUAGUAUGUCCGCCAUCAGCCAAGGGUUAUGAACAGCAGAACAAAAGAUAGAAAAAGGUUCCAUUUUAGUCACAAGCCUCCUCUUUUAGGCCUUAACUGUGCUUUUUUGGCAUCUACCUACAGAAUUGGAAGUACUAAAUAAGUAAAAUGCAGGGGAGUAGGGUAAAUUGAAUGCUCGAGGCCUUGAUCUUGUUUGUGAUUUUUUAAGCAGGAUGUAACUAGAAUAUGUAAAAUAAUAAAAUAAAAAAGAGGUUGAAGUGCUCAAAUGGAACCAGGCUAAACACACGUAUUCAAGCUCCUCUGUAGGAGUUCUCAUACGAGCAUGUGCAAUAAUGAUGUUGUUUCUUGAAUGAUCAUGCUGCACCGGGUUAUUUUUAUUAUUUCUAUGCUUGACACUGGAUUAUUAGUCACACUUAAAGUUAGGACACAAUCAGUGUUACGAUUGUACUUGUUUCUGGAGUGUUGAUGCAUGACAGAGAUUAUAAAUGGUGAAAUGUAAGCUAUGGAACAGGAAUUGCCAAUACUUGCCAAAGUUUGAACUUUGAACUCUUUACUUUGACUUGCCUUAUCCAUGCGAAUGACAAACCCAGGUCUGCUCAGACCGCGGGGAUACUGAGGUGUCUUUUUUUCAAAGGGCCUCCAGAACCAUAGAGAUGGUAACCGUUAGAUAGCUAGUUCACUUUAUUUCGAAUUGUGUGACGGAAAUGAGCUCCUUUUUUGGACCAAAACUCUACAGAGUGGAUUUUUUCCCCACAAGGCCAUAUGCUAUUGUCUUGAUGUUAUUUCUCUUGGUUCAGGCCAUCUUAGCAUUCCCAUGGCAAUGGCAAUAUAGGUUAUCAAGUUCUUAAAGAUAAUGCAAACUUUGGCAGGCUACUGGUGGGAUCAUUGUUCUUUAAUUCACUCACAUAUAACAGUUGAGCUUCAUGUUUAAUUUGAUGUGUUUUCUUGCUGUACAUUUGCCAUUUUAUGCUGUAAAUAACCUGCUUUUUCUGUAUGAAACUACUUUUGUUUGAGUGUGUUCGUGCAUGUGUGUGUGUGUGUGAGAGAGAGAGAGUGUGUGAAAAAAACAUCCAACAUUUGCUUUUUGCAAAGUUGAUUUUCUGGGUAGCUGUGCAAUAGCUUUAUAUAAAUCUUAUUUUGAUGUUAAACAUCAUUGUAUUAUGAGUAUGUUUGCUGCAUUCACUUGUAUGUUAGAGGAUUAUGUCACUUUGAAUCAAUUAGUCAGGCAGUGUCUGAUAAGAAAUCUAUGCCUUCAUUAUAUCUAAGUCACAGAUCACAAUAUCGUCCACCUAUAACAAAGCUCUGAUUAUUGUUGCUUCGCUUGCCUUUAAAUUUUGCUUGAGAGCUUCUUCAAUCUGCUCUCAAUGGUAGAAAUGGCCUUGAACUAGCGCUUGUAUUUCUGACAUCUGCCAAAUUAGGUUUUGUUUGCGCUCGAGCUCAGAAAAAGACAAAAGUUGCCAAGUAUUUCAAUAGAGGUAAAAAGUUUGAUAUGUCCUUUUAACACGAAAAAAGUUAAAUGGAAACAUUUUGAAGAAUUGUCCACUGCAAAAAAAAAGCCCAAAAAAAGCCAGUGACUGGAAAGAUUGACAUGUUGGAUCCUCAAAGCACCUUGUUAGAGCGUAAACAAAGCCUUUUUGCUAUGUUAUUAAGAUGGAAUGAAACAGCAGUUUGAAACAAUGGUUUGGUGGUCCUGAGUUUCGUAUGUAUAUAGUGCUAUUUGAUUGGUGCAGCUUUUAUGUGAUUGGAAAGCAGCUUUUUUUCUGAGUUUGUGCAUAAUGAACUAGAAAGCCGAUGCAGGACUCAUAUGGAUCCUGUCUCUGAUGACAGUGUGCUGUGUUGGAAAAAGUACUAUCAACGAAAGAUUUGGGAAAGAAUGAAUAAAACACUUAAAAAGCUGG